CACCCCAUUUCCCACCAAUCACAUUUUACAGUAGCAACAUUUUCCACAGCGCCGGCAAAAAACAGCCACCCUGUUUCAAAAUUUUGAUCUGCGUAUAUACAUCCGUAUAUACCUAUAUCAUUUCACCGCGCCGGCCAUCUUCAUCCCGGAUCCAACAAUCUCCGCCCCAAUCUGGGCCACACGGUACCGCAAUGUGUCACCGUUGAAGCUUAGCUCCGAAUCUAACUUAGAUAGCACGACUCUGUUGGGGACUGAAGUCUGUUUCUGUUGUGUUUCCCAUGAAAAUACUGCGCCGCUGAUGGAAUUCACGGAAACUUACAAGCAGUCCGGUCCCUGUGCUUUCUCGCCCAACGCUCAGUUUCUCGCCGUCGCCGUCGACUACCGCCUCGUGGUCCGUGAUGUGCUUUCGCUCAAGGUUGUGCAGCUGUUCUCGUGUUUGGAUAAGAUAAGUUAUAUUGAAUGGGCACAAGAUUCUGAAUACAUAUUAUGUGGCCUUUUCAAGAGACCAAUGAUUCAGGCAUGGUCAUUGACACAGCCUGAGUGGACGUGCAAAAUAGACGAGGGUCCUGCAGGUAUUGCUUAUGCAAGGUGGAGCCCUGACAGCCGCCACAUACUUACCACGUCCGACUUCCAGCUGCGAUUAACAGUUUGGUCCUUGCUUAACACGGCAUGUGUGCAUGUACAAUGGCCAAAGCAUGCUUCUAAGGGGAUUUCUUUCACUAAAGAUGGUAAAUUCGCUGCGAUUUGCACGAGGCGUGAUUGCAAGGAUUAUAUUAAUCUUCUGUCUUGUUACACAUGGGAAAUAAUGGGUGUUUUUGCUGUCGAUACACUGGAUUUGGCUGAUAUUGAAUGGUCACCAGAUGAUAGUGCUAUAGUGAUAUGGGAUUCACCUCUUGAAUAUAAGGUUCUGAUUUACUCGCCAGAUGGGAGGUGUUUAUUCAAAUAUCUAGCAUAUGAAAGUGGACUUGGGGUGAAAAGUGUGUCAUGGUCUCCUUGUGGCCAAUUUCUUGCAGUGGGAAGUUAUGAUCAGAUGUUACGGGUUUUAAAUCAGUUGACUUGGAAAGUGUUUGCUGAAUUCAUGCACUUGAAUACUGUCCGUGCUCCUUGUUGUGCCGCUACCUUCAAGGAGGUAGAUGAGCCAUUGCAACUUGAUAUGUCUGAACUGUGUUUGAGCGAUGAUUUCAUACGUGGCAAUUCUGAAAAUCUCUCUGAAGGACACAUCCAAGUUAGGUAUGAUGUCAUGGAAUUGCCCAUUACCUUGCCUUUUCAGAAGCCUCCUUCUGACAAACCCAAUCCGAAACAAGGGAUUGGUCUGAUGGCAUGGAGCCACGACAGUCGGUAUAUCUGUACUCGCAAUGAUAGCAUGCCCACUGUUCUGUGGAUAUGGGACGUACACCAUCUUGAGCCGGCUGCCAUCUUGGUCCAAAAAGAUCCCAUCCGAGCAGCAGCCUGGGACCCCACGUGCACACGACUCCUGUUGUGCACUGGAAGCCCUCACUUAUACAUGUGGACCCCGUCGGGUGCUUACUGCGUGAACGUACCUCUGCCACAGUUUAUGAUAACUGAUCUGAAAUGGAAUUCAGAUGGGAGCUGUCUUUUGCUCAAGGACAAGGAAUCAUUCUGUUGUGCCGCUGUGCCUCUCCUUUCAGAAUCCACUGACUAUAGCUCAGAUGAUUGAAAAGGGGUAUAUUUAGCUAGCGAUUUGGUAGAAAUGUGGAAGCUCUGUCUUUCUCUCUGGUUGUUUGUUGUAAUAUUGAUGCAUUGCUGAGAAUCUAACUGUAGUCCUGAUUUAGAAGCCAUAACCAAAUAUUUGUUAGCCUAUUUUGUCAUGUUACCACAUCUUAUUAGAUAAUCAUGCUAGUAUACAUUUUAUUUUAA